AUGCAACGGCUCGGCAUCGACUACAACAUGACCACCGCCACCCAUCCGGAGGCUGACGGCCAGAGCGAAUGCGCUAACCGCACGCUGGUGCAGUAUUCGCGAGUUUACACCCAACAGAACACAUCUAACUGGCUUGACGUUCUUGCUUGUGCAGAAUGGGUGUAUAACAAUACUGUGCAUUCGUCCACUCGCUGCUCCCCGGCGUCCCUGGUCUACACCGAAACUCCACUCGCCGAACAGCCGCUCGACCUAGCGGUUGGAAGCCAGCCCCGACCGACUGUGGCUUCCGACUUCGGCACACAGCUUGCAGCAGAGAGGGAAUGCAUGCGCAAAGCACAGGAACGUCAAGCCAGAAACUAUGAUAAACGAAGUUCCGAAGUCAGUUUCAACCCGGGUGACUUGGUUCUGGUGGCUUUGCACGCCCUCCGUAGCGCGCAGGAGGGCGAGCAACCCAAAACGUUCGCCACACGAUGGGUUGGACCGUUUGCUGUCCGCUCUCGGGUCAACGCCUUGGCGUACAUUAUCGAUUUACCCCCAACGUGGAGAUGUCACCACACUAUUAACGUUGGCUUCUUAAAACAGUUUCGGGAAUCUCCGCGGUUUCCUCGCACUCUAUCGACGAAACCGCAGCAACGACCUCGCGAGCUUCCCCGCCUCGAGGACACAGAGAUUCUCGAAGUGCGGAUCAACGCCCGCCGCAGCCAUCAGAAACGCUGA